UCUCUCUCUUACUAUUUUUUUCCUGUGAACGAACGGUGGUGGUGAGUGCAGACCACCAUCAGAUUUCGAAAAAAUAGGAAUCUCUCUAUUAUACACAGAUUCUGAAUCUCUUCUCUUGAGCUUCGACCCUCUCGCAUUUAGGUAGAUCAUCGUAGAUCGUGAUUUGAAGCGAGAGAGAGAGAGAUAUAAAAAAAAAAAAAAAUUAGGAGAGAGAAGAUGAGCGAGGGCCAGAGGUUCCAGCUGGGAACAAUCGGCGCUUUGAGUUUAUCCGUUGUAUCGUCUGUGUCGAUCGUGAUCUGUAACAAGGCGCUUAUUAGCACCCUUGGCUUCACCUUCGCGACUACUUUGACAAGUUGGCAUCUUCUGGUCACGUUUUGUUCCCUUCAUGUGGCACUAUGGAUGAAGAUGUUUGAGCACAAGCCUUUUGAUCCACGAGCUGUGAUGGGAUUUGGGAUAUUGAAUGGGAUAUCCAUAGGACUAUUGAACCUCAGCUUAGGAUUUAAUUCCGUUGGUUUUUACCAGAUGACGAAACUAGCAAUCAUCCCCUGUACUGUUCUCUUGGAGACUCUUUUCUUCAGGAAAAAGUUCAGUCGAAAGAUUCAGUUUUCGUUAACCAUCCUUCUCCUUGGUGUUGGGAUUGCGACCGUCACAGAUCUUCAGCUUAAUAUGCUGGGUUCUGUCUUGUCUCUGCUCGCUGUUAUCACUACUUGCGUUGCUCAAAUUAUGACAAAUACCAUCCAGAAGAAGUUCAAAGUUUCAUCCACGCAACUUCUUUAUCAGUCUUGCCCUUAUCAAGCAAUUACACUUUUCGUCACUGGCCCUUUUCUAGAUGGGCUCCUAACUAACCAGAAUGUGUUUGCUUUCAAGUACACUUCUCAAGUUGUGUUCUUCAUCGUCCUGUCCUGCCUCAUAUCAGUCUCUGUAAACUUCAGCACCUUUCUUGUCAUUGGGAAAACGUCUCCGGUCACAUAUCAGGUUCUUGGACAUCUGAAAACAUGCCUGGUUCUAGCAUUUGGAUAUGUGUUGCUGAAGGACCCAUUCAACUGGCGCAACAUUCUUGGUAUUAUGGUGGCAGUGAUUGGAAUGGUGGUUUAUUCCUAUUUCUGCUCGGUUGAAACUCAGCAGAAGGCAAGUGAAACAUCAACCCAAUUGCCUCAGAUGAAAGAGAGUGAAAAGGAUCCGCUAAUAGCAGUUGAAAAUGGAAGCGGAGUGUUAUCAGAUGGUGGUGCUGGUGGGGUGCAAAAGACGGCGGCUCCUGUAUGGAACUCAAAUAAAGAUUUUCAAGCCUAAAGCUGAACGUUUGCUAUACUUCUUUUUGUAUCAGAUCUUUUAGAAGGAAGAAAAAAAGAACUUUGAAAAUUCCUUUUGUUUGUUUCUUCUCUUUUUUGGCAUAGUAGAGAAGUAGGAGAGACUGAAAAAUCAACAGCUUUCCACAUUGCAAUGGAAAUUGGAAGAAGGUAGGGAGUGAGGGGGAACACAGCUUUGAUAAUCCAAUUUUAUUA